CCCCGCCCCAGCCCCAGCCCCAGCCCCUAGCGCACGAAUAUCCGGUGGUGGCCAACAGGUGGGCUGCCCGCAGCUCCUCGCUGCAGUCAAGGAGCUGAAGGUGCUUUGUGCCUGUCUCCCGACAACACCUGGACUGCUCCGUGACACACCCACCAAAUCCCAUGAAUCCAAAUAUCAUUGCCGGAGGUGUCCAAAUUCGAGUUUGUUCAGAUUGUCUCUUCCUGGCACCCACUCUGGAAGCCUCUGCUGCCAGAUCUUUCCCUUUGAACCCGAAGGGGCGCAAGCGUGGCUUCGCCGGGUCCGCCUCUUCCCUGGGCUCUUGCGGGAGGGGUGGGUAGGCAGGAACCUGGAUCUGAUUAGGUGGGAGGGGGAAGCUGUGGUCCCAAACGCCCUCUCUCUUCUCCCAGCUCCUCCAGGGGGAGGAGGGACGGUACAAGAGAGGGGGUUCCCACCCCUCAGCACUCGACUUGGGGUUCUUAGCCGUCGCCACAGUCUCCAGGCUCUCACCUCAUCCCCGCCAAGGGUCCCAGCCAUGGGACCCAGUUCCAGCUCCGGCUUCUACCUGAGCCGCGCGGUAGCCCUGUUGCUGGCGGGGCUGGCAGCCGCGCUCCUGCUGGCAUUGGCUGUGCUCUCAGCCCUGUACGGCCACUGCGCGCGUGUCGCGCCGUCGGAACUUCGCAACUGCGGCGUCCCGGACGCCGGGCCCUCUCGGUCGAGCGAGCAGGGGGAGUCGCCGCCUGCCCGGAAGCCCGGCCCCACUCGUGAGCCAGCGGUGGCGGUCACGCCGGACAAGUGGCUACCCCCGGGGCCCUGGGACCAUCUGCGCUUGCCGUCCUGGCUCGUGCCACUGCACUAUGAGCUGGAGCUGUGGCCCCGGCUGCGGCCGGACCAGCUCUCGCCUCCAGAGUUGCGCUUCACUGGCCGCGUGAACAUCACUCUGCGCUGCACGGUGGCUACCGCUCUGCUGCUACUGCACAGCCUCUUCCUGGACUGUGAUAGAGCCGAGGUGCGGGGUCCUCUCUCCCCGGGCACUGCAGACGCCACCGUUGGCCACUUGCCGGUGAACAACGUGUGGUUCGCAUUGGACAUGCAAUACCUGGUGCUGGAACUCCGCGAGGCCCUGCAGCCCGGGAGCCUCUAUGAGCUGCAGCUGAGCUUUUCGGGCCUGGCGUACCAGAACACGAGGGAGGGACUCUUCCUCAAUGUCUACACGGACCAGGGUGAGCGCAGGGCCCUGUUAGCAUCUCAGAUGGAACCAACAUUUGCCAGGAAUGUUUUUCCUUGUUUUGAUGAGCCAGCUCUGAAGGCAACUUUUAAUAUUACAAUUAUUCAUCAUCCAGGAUAUGUGGCUCUUUCCAACAUGCCAAAGCUAGGCCAGUCUGAAAAAGAAGAUGUGAACGGAAACAAAUGGACUGUUACCACCUUUUACACCACACCCCGCAUGCCUACUUACUUAGCUGCAUUUGUUAUAUGUGACUAUGAGCAUGUCAACAGAACUGAAAGGGGCAAGGAGAUACGCAUCUGGGCCCGGAAAGAUGCCAUCGCUAAUGGAAAUGCAGACUUUGCUUUGAACAUCACAGGUCCCAUCUUCUCUUUCCUGGAAGACUUAUUUAAUAUUAGUUACCCUCUUCCAAAAACAGAUAUAAUUGCCUUGCCUACUUUUGACAACCGUGCCAUGGAAAAUUGGGGACUAUUGAUAUUUGAUGAGUCGUUAUUGUUGCUGCAACCAGAUGAUCGACUGACAGAAAAGGAGACGGUGAUCUCCCACAUUGUCUCCCACGAGAUCGGACAUCAGUGGUUUGGAAACUUGGUCACCAUGUGUUGGUGGAACAAUAUCUGGCUCAAUGAAGGUUUUGCAUCUUAUUUUGAGCUCGGAGUAAUUAGCUACUUCAAUCCUAAACUCCCAGGAAAUGAAGUAUUUUUUUCUAACAUUUUACAUGAUGUUCUCAGAGAAGAUCACGCCCUGGCAUCUAGAGCCGUCUCCAUGAAGGUGGAAAAUUUCACAGAAACAAAUGAAAUAAAUGAGCUCUUUGAUUCAUUUACUUAUAAUAAGGGAGCAUCGAUGGCCCGGAUGCUUUCUAGUUUCCUGAAUGAGAGUGUAUUUAUUAGUGCACUUAAGUCAUAUUUGGAUACGUUUUCUUACUCAAAUGCCGAACAAGAUGAUCUGUGGAGGCAUUUUCAAAUGGCCAUAGAUGACCAGAGUAAAAUUGUUUUGCCAGCAACAGUAAAAAGCAUAAUGGACAGUUGGACACACCAGAGUGGUUUUCCAGUUAUCACCUUAAAUGUAUCCACUGGCGUCAUGAAACAGGAGCCAUUUUUUCUUGGAAAAGUUAAAAAUCAGACUCUUCUAACCCACAAUAACACAUGGAUUGUACCUAUUCUUUGGAUGAAAAAUGGAACUACACAGUCUUUAGUCUGGCUAGACAAAAGCAGCAGAUUAUUCCCUGAAAUGCAAGUUUCAGAUUCUGACCAUGACUGGGUGAUUUUAAAUGUGAAUAUGACUGGAUAUUAUAGAGUUAACUAUGAUAAAUUAGGUUGGAAGAAAUUAAAUCAACAGCUUGAAAAAGAUCCUAAGGCUAUUCCUGUUAUUCACAGACUACAGUUGAUUGAUGAUGCCUUUUCCUUGUCUAAAAACAAUUAUAUUGAGAUUGAAACAGCACUUGAUUUAACCAAGUACCUUGCUGAAGAAGAUGAAAUCAUAGUAUGGCAUGCAGUCUUGGUGAACCUGCUACCCAGGAAUUUUGUUGCUGAUGUGAACAACUAUGAUAUAUACCCAUUAUUGAAGAAGUAUCUAUUAAAGAGAUUUAUCUCAAUAUGGAAUAUUUAUUCAACUAUAAUUCGUGAAAAUGUGGCAGCAUUGCAAGGUGACUAUUUAGCUCUAAUAUCACUGGAAAACUUCUUUGGAGCUGUAUGUUUCUUGGGCCUUGAAGACUGUCUUCAACUGUCAAGAGAACUCUUCAAAAGCUGGAUGAACCACCCAGAGAAUGAAAUACCUUAUCCAAUUAAAACUGUGAUUCUAUGUUAUGGCAUUGCCUUGGGAAGUGAUAAAGAAUGGGACUUUUUAUUAAGUAUCUACACCAAUAACACAAAAGAAGAAGAAAAGAUUCAACUUAUUUAUGCAAUGAGCUGCAGUAAAGACCCAUGGAUACUUAACAGAUUUAUGGAAUAUGCUAUCUCUACAUCUCCAUUCAAUUUUAAUGACACAAAUAUAAUUGAAGUUGUGGCAGCAUCUGAAGUUGGCCGGUAUGUCGCAAAAGACUUUUUAGUCAACAAUUGGCAAGCUGUGAGUGAAAGUCUUUAUUUACUUUUAAAGCUACAACACCACUUUGGGCAGGUAUGGAACUCAGUCAUUGGUUACGCUAAUGUAUAUAAUAGGGAGAACCAUAAGUACAGAUUUACAGAUCAUGGAGCUGCAGCAGUUUUUCAGUCCCAUGUUGGAGGAGCACCAGAAGCUCACAAUUCAUGCCAAAUUACAGACAAUAAAGAACGAAAAUCUGAAAAACAAAAACCAAAGUGCCAAGAUAGCUGCAUGGCUACGAAAAAACACAUAAUUUAGUGGCCACUUUUGGCAUUCCUCUUGCAUAUUAUAAGGUAGUUUGUUGACAGUUUUGUCUUCCAGCACUGUGUGAGACUAGAAAGCCACAUGUUUUGUUGUUUGUAUUGCAGUCACAUUUACGACUCAGAGUCCUGUUCCUUGUCACUCUGGCUCUGAGGCUCAGUGAUUGCUGAGGGUUUUGCCAGCACUGCUGUAUUUCUGUGGAAGAUUUCACUUCAAGUUGGGCUGUUAAACCACAGAAUUUACUUUAAAUAACUUGUAAAAAUUUUACCUUAGAAAGCCUUGUCUUGCUUAUUCUGUCAUGAAGGCCAGUGGAAUAGUAAAUCAUGGGCUAAAUGAGCACAUUCUUUUUUGAGGGAAGUACUGAUCUGCAAUACUCUAGAGUUUAUUUAGUUCAGUAUUUAAAAUAAUAAUGAGAAAAUAACACACCGGUGUGAAGAAACAGAAACCAGAAGAAUAAUAUUCCCAAAGAAAGGCCGAAGAAGAGCAGGUUUUAAAAAGAAGGAACCAGACAAUUUCAUCAGGCACGUGAAAUGCCCUGAAGGCAAGAAGUGUGUCUGCUGCCCCUUUCUCUCUCCCCAGGGUGCGUAAGGUUUUGUGCCACACUUUACUGGCUACUGAAUUUAUGAUGUCACAAAAAGACCCAGGAGUGCAGGAUCCAUGAAAUGCCUUCAGGCUUGCUGUUGUUAGAAGCCAGACUGGAGAGGAGGGCUCUGCUCUGCCUUGCAGCUCUUGACUCUUCGCCUGUGGGAAUGGACAUUCUUUUAGCCAAAGUUUAUGAGCAAAAAUAAUGAUGUCAACAGACAACAGCAAUUAUGGGCUAAUGUUCAGCAUAAAAGGAAAUGGUCAAAUAAAGAAACCUGGAA